CCCACCUCAUCGGCCAACCCAGCCAGACCAGACCCAGGCGGGCGCCCCACUGUCUCUCCUCUCCUCCUCGGUAUUCUAUUCCUCUCCCGAUUUCGCCUCGCCAUUCCUCCCUCCAAUCCGCCCGGCGACGCCGCGCGCGCGCACGCGGGGUCCGACUCCUACGGCGCCGGCGACAACCCGGUGCUAGGGCUCCGGUGACCUAGGCCCUGCCCCGGGCGAUCGCGGGGGGAGAUCCAUGUCCGCGGACACGCCCCCGCUCCCGCCGCCCGCGCCGCCGCUCGGCGCGCUGGAUCCCGAGCCGGAGCCUGCGCAGCCGCUCGAGCCCCCCGAGGUGAUGCACAAGACGAGGGCCGUUGACUUCCUCGGCCGCCGCACCCCCAUCGUCUACCAGAACGACAACGGGCCCUGCCCGCUCCUCGCCAUCUGUAACGUGCUGCUGCUGAAGAACGUGAUCAGCCUGAACCCGGAUGCGGGCGAGGUGUCGCAGCAGAAGCUGCUGUCCCUCGUCGCCGACCGCCUCAUUGACUCCAACAGCAGUGCGCAGGGCAGGGACGAGGAGUACGCCCGCAACUGGGAGCACAACAUCUCAGACGCGAUAGACCUUCUACCGCGCCUCACGACUGGCAUCGAUGUGAAUGUCAUGUUCAGAAAGGUUGAUGACUUUGAGUUCACCCCAGAGCGCGCCAUAUUUGAUCUUCUGGAUAUUCCAUUAUACCAUGGAUGGAUAGUCGAUCCUCAGGAUACUGACACUGCUAGUGCCAUUGGAUCAAAGUCAUACAAUGCUCUUGCUUCUGGGCUUGCUGAAUAUAAGUCAGAGAAACCAGCAGAAGAGGAUAAACAUGUUGCAGAGGAAGAAACUGUUGAUUUUGCUGCCGCAACAGCAGCAGCAUUAGGGGUUCCGUCACCUACUGUUUCUCUAGGGAAAUCAUUUGAUGAAAGUACACUCUCAGAUUCAGCUGAACUGCAAAUGAGACGAGGUGACCGUGAGGAAGACGAGGAACUAAGGAGAGUCCUUAGUCUAUCCAAAGCUGAAAGCACGAAUGUUGUUGAUGGAUCUGUUUCCUUCAGCACUUCGCAGAGUCAUUCAUCCUCCAAUAUAGAGGAUACACCACGUAGUGAGAGCUUUGUAUUAGAGGCACCUGAGGUGGUAGGACUGUCAAAUAAAGAGGAAGGUAGUCAUGAUUCUACAUUACAGAACACAAAUUCUGAUGCUAAUGUUAGUGAAGUUGCGUCUUCAGAAUCUGAACAAGCUUUGACCUCUAAAGAAACAGAGGAAGAUGGGAAAAGGGAUGCGUUAGUAGCGCACCUUGAUAUACCUGUUCAAUCUUCAGAAUCUACUGUUGCCUGCCCUUCUCAUGAAUCUUCUGUUCUCGAUGGCGAAGCUUCUGCUCCUGCUCCUGCUCCUGAUCUCGCUGAAGCUAGUAAAGAAACCCGCAGAGAAUAUUCUACUAUGCAAAUUCAUGACACUCAGUCUUCUGAUACUGCCCCUGAGGUUUCUGAUACUGAGAACAGCUGUGACUCGGCAACUGUAACUAGUCAAGCUACUCCUAUGGGUGCUACACCUCAGGCUUAUGAUACUGCCCCUCAGGUUUCUGAUACUGAGAACAGCUGUGACUCAGCAACUGUAACUAGUCAAGCUACUCCUAUGGGUGCUAUACCUGAGCAGGAUGAGAAAGUUGCUUCUCUAGACACUGCUGUGCUUGCCUCUUCAAGCAUUCAGGGGAAUGAGCCAAUCUAUCAAGGAGAAGAGCACGUACUUGGCAGUGGAAACAUGGCAUUUCAAACUGAGGAGCCAGUGUAUGAGGGUGAGGUGGUUCUUGCUGAGCAGGCUGACAAGAUCGCGGAAAGUAGUCAAUGCUUGGAAAAUGGAGCUGCAGAUCAUCAAUGGGACCUGAUUGAUAAUUUUCUACAGAGCACUGCUAACCAGCUGACUGUCUAUGGUUUGUUUUGUCUACAAGAGGGUCUCAAGGAAAGAGAGCUUUGUGUCUUCUUCCGCAAUAACCACUUCAACAGUAUGUUCAAGCAUAACGGAAGUCUAUAUCUCUUAGCAACUGAUCAGGGUUUUUUCAGCCAAACUGAUUUGGUAUGGCAAAAGUUGGAUGAGGUGAAUGGAGAUGGGGUUUUUGUCACUAGUAACUUCACGCCAUUUACGGCUGAAAGUCCCAGAAAUGAUUCAUGGAAUCAACAGCAGGCCAUGACGACUACUGCUGACUAUAUUGCUCAAUUUGACAAUUCCGCUCUGCCAAACUCAUCUGGAGACUCGGAUUUAGAGCUAGCUAUCGCACUUCAACAACAGGAGUUUGGGCAGCAACCUCAACGACAGGAGCCUCCACCACAACAGCAGCAGCCUCAGCAACAACAGCAGCAACAGACGCAAACACACCAGACACCCAAUCAAUCAUCAGGCCGGCCAGGACUUGUUGUUGGCCCAAGGCAGAGGUCAAAUGUCCCACCGCCUGCAAGAACCGAGUCGAAGAAAGAGAAGUGCAUUGUAAUGUAAAGAUAUUCCAGGAACAGAACAGGAGAAAGGAAAAAAGAGACAAGAAGCACCAUACAUAUACUGUAAAAAAAAUCUUCUUGUCUCGUGCCACGGCACGGCAGACUAAUAUUUUUAGCCAGCCUCCUUGAUGCCGUUUCUUGUUUUUAGCUCUCUUCGUUUCUCCUUUGUUUUCUCUUGUGUAAAUACCCUCUCGGAAAGCCAUAAAACGUGAAAACAGAGGUGCUGUCGAUGUGUUGACCCUGCAAUGUGAUUGAUCAAACUCAA